AUGUUGUAUCCUCCAACAGUUGCGGACGGUGAGAUUGUGGAUGUCGUAGAAUCAACAGAUGACGAGAUUGACGAGGGAUUGGAAGUGAAGAAAAAGCGCCGGAAAGGGAUGAGCAAAGAUUUCGUCGAUGGAUUUGUAUUCGAUUGUGUCAGUGUAGAAGACAAAGAAAUUGAUAUAUUGAAGAGCCUGCAACCAUAUGUGAAAAAAGGAACCAGUAGUACACUAGAAGAAAAAAUUGAACGAGAACGCGCCAAACUCUUUAACUCGGGAUCACUGGAAAAAAUUCCUGAACUCGUGCAAGAAAUGAAAGAUAUUUCUGAUAAUAUUCGUGAAAAGCAGCCGAAAAAAAAGAAAUGUUAUGCGACAGAUAGUUUUUUCGAUAAUGCUACCAGUAAUAACGCGCUGAAUGCAGAAACAGCUAUUAGUUUUGAUCAAAUGAACCUCUCCAGGACGCUUCUGAAGGCCAUAACAGCAUGUGGUUUUACUGAACCAACUCGAAUACAAAGUACAUGCAUACCCCUUGCACUUGCAGGACGUGAUCUAUGUGCAUGUUCUGCAACAGGAAGUGGCAAAACAGCUGCUUUCAUGUUACCCAUUUUGGAGCGUUUAUUGUAUCGGCCGCAGCAAAAAGCGAUGACUCGAGUGAUUAUAUUGACACCAACUAGAGAAUUAGCUAUACAGUUACUUGCAGACAUUUCAAGUCAGUCGGCAGCUGUCACAAUUCAUGCUUAUUGA